AUGCCAAAGCAGCUGUUUUGGAACUCUCACGAGAUCUGCCAGAUAGACGGCUUCUGGUAUUUCGUCGAAGGUACAGAACGCAUUGCCGCAUUCAGGUCCGGAUUCGAGCCAAGAAACGACGACAUUCUCUUGACAUCCUUCACCAAAACCGGAACCACCUGGCUCAUGGCUCUUUGUUACAACAUCCUUAACCUCGACGACGACGACGAAGAAGACCGUCUGGCAAAGAAGAAUCCGCACGAAGUGGUCCCCUCGCUGGAGAUCAAUUUCCUCGAGGACGGAGUCCAACGUAUGUUGCUCAGCUGCUCGCCUCCCCGAUUGCUCCACACUCACGUGCCUUACAGUUACUUGCCGGAGGCGGUGAGGGAGUCCGGAUGCAGGUUCGUGUACGUGGCUCGUAACCCGAAGGACACAGUGGUGUCGAUGUGGCAUUUCUACAACAAGCUGCUCACGCGCGGCGGCCCCAAACCGUUCCCGUUGGAGGGAGCGGUGGAGAGCUUCUGCAAAGGGGCUGUGCCCUUCGGGCCUUUUUACGAACACGUGGUGGGCUAUUGGAAAGAGAGCAAGAGACGACCUGAGGAGGUGUUGUUUCUCAAGUACGAGGAGCUGUGCAGGGAGCCCAAAGAGCAGGUGAGGAAGUUGGCUUCGUUUAUGGGGAAGCCGUUUUCCUCGUCGAUGGCGAGUGGAGAUGAUGAUGAGGUGGUGGUGGAGAAGGUGUUGUGGCGUAGCAGCUUGGGUAGGCUCAAGGAGUUGGAGGUUAACAAGAAUGGCACAUGGGAGACAGCUCGAGCACCGAAUGCCCACUUCUUCAGGAAAGGGAUGGUGGGGGAUUGGAAGAACUAUUUGACUUCUCAAAUGGCUGAGCGCAUCGACCAACUCACAUGUUUGAAGUUACAGGGGACCGGACUUUCUCUUGACGAUUAA